AUGGCAGGAAGACAAAGGAAAGAUGAACCACUCUCCUAUAAGCAGGAGUUUCUACGUUUCUGUCAAACAACCACUAUCCGCGGUGUAUCUCGCAUUGUCAAUUCGCCCAACAAAGGCAUUCGUUCUCUCUGGUUGACUUUUGUCAUUAGCCUUUACAUAGGCCUCUUCACCUGCAUGAUAAUCCUGGCGAGCCAGUACUUCGACUACGAUGUCAUUCAUCCCCCCAGGGUGCUUCGUGACACGCCCUCACCGUUCCCCUCCCUAACUCUUUGCAAUCUGCGUCCUCUCUCCCCACCGGGUAUAAAACGAAUCCGACAGCUCCAGUUUCGUGAUCCUCGAGACUUUGCAAAGAAUCUAAACGAAUUCGCUGCUGGUCUCUACUUCUACCGCAACAGAUCCCAUGACUACGAACUCGUGAGCAGUGCCAUCUCCAUGGGAGGAUAUUUAGAGAGUCUUCCCAAGGGUAGUUCCUAUUCCUUGGGCCACCUACAAAACGAGACCGUUAUUCAGUGUAUGGUAAGUGAAAGCUUCAAUCUUUGUGUACCUUAUAUUUACUUGACCGGAAACCCUAUUUCUAAUCCAAUCGCACUCAGCACUACUUUGAAAUAA